GGGAGAGCAAACUGACAGCUGGUUUGUUUUCAUCAACAAGGGGGAUUUCAAAGUAGACGUUAAAGUCCUUCCUGUUCUGGAUAGUCUGAAACAAAUCCCACCCGCUGACCAAAGAGGAACCCGCAUUUUUUUGCAGACAUCCGUCAGCCCCACCAGCCACUCUGGAGCCAUCGGUACAAAAGCAAAAGAAGACGGCGAGCAGCAAUCGUGGUCAGAUUAAGGCAGACAUCGCUUCAGCUGAAGGGGAGGCUGCGCACCAGGAAGGAGCUAUGGAGCCACUAGAGGAUAAGGAUGGCCGUACCUUUGUGGAGGUGAUCAGUGAAAAGUAUAGCCCAGAGAACUUCCCAUACCGCAGAGGGCCUGGUAUGGGGGUGGUAGUGGUGUCCACUGGAGGUCCUCAAGGUUCCCCUAUGAAAGACCGUCUGAACCUGCCCAGUGUGCUGGUUUUGAAUAGCUGUGGGAUCAGCAGGUCAGGAGACCAGGCUGAGAUUGCUGCCUUCUGUGCUCAUGUCAUGGAGCUGGACCUGUCUCACAACAAGCUGCAGGAUUGGCAUGAGAUUAGUAAAAUUGUUUCUAACAUCCCCAACCUGGAGUUCCUCAACCUGAGCUCAAACCCGCUGGCAGGAAUGACCCUUGAGCCACGGUGGGCUGAAGCCUUCUCCAGCGUGCGACGCCUUGUCCUCAACAACACUCAGGUGUCCUGGGACACUGUGCUGCUGCUCACUCGAGAAAUACCAGAGCUGGAGGAGUUGUUUCUGUGCCAUAAUGAGUACAGCAGUGUGAGUCCCUCCAGCGUGGCCUGCCCCACCCUGCGCCUGCUUCACAUCACCGACAACUGCCUCAAGGACUGGGCCGAGGUCCGCAAGUUUGGCUCCAUGUUCCCCUGUCUGGACACUCUGGUUAUGGCAAACAACAACUUGUCCUCCAUCCAGGACAGCAAGGAUAUCCUGCAAAGGCUCUUCCCCAAACUACGCAGCAUCAACCUGCACAACUCAGGUCUAAACCAGUGGGAAGAUAUAGAGAAGCUGAACUUCUUCCCCAGGCUGGAGGAGGUGCGCCUGCAGGGCAUUCCCUUACUGCAGGCCUACACCAACGCAGAGCGACGCAGCCUCAUGAUAGCGCAGCUUCCCUCAGUAUCACUGCUAAAUGGCAGUGCUGUGACUGACAGUGAGAGAGAGGAUGCAGAGAGGUUCUUCAUCCGUUACUACUUAGACUACCCUGAAGAGGAGCUGCCUUAUAGAUACCAUUCCCUCGUAAACAAGUAUGGCAAGCUUGAACCACUUGCUGAGAUUGACCUCCGACCUCGCUGCCGUGCCCAGGUGGAGGUUCACUGUGAGGAAAAAGUAGAACAGCUGAGCAUCCGUUUGGACCAGACAGUGGCUGAGCUGAAAAAGCAGCUCACGACAGUGGUCCAGCUGUCUACCAACAGCAUGAGGCUCUACUACAUUGACAAGGGCAGUGCCUUCGGUCCAGAGGAAAUGAAGUACAACACGCGAGCUCUCCACUCCUACAGCAUCCAAGACGGUGACGAAAUACUGGUGGUGCCCAAAACCAAGUGAACAGCUGAUGACCUGCUGGCUGACGAGAGUGAAUUGAAAAAAUAAUUUUUUUCUGAUUGGUUAACUGAUACAGCAAAAUAAUUGGAAAAUAGAACAGCAGCAGUGGCCCACUGAGAGAGGGCAUACACAGAAAUUAUGAAAGCAAUAUGAGCACCAUCAAGGAGACUAGACUAGUGGACUACAGAGGGCUGCUGAGUGCCUCUGAAAUAUAAGUGAGCACUGGGAAUGCAGCGGAUCCUGUCUUUAUUUAAUUGAGCUUUCUCUGAGGGGGAACCACUGGAGCGAGCACCUGCGUAGGCAAGUCUCCAACAUCACUCGCUUGCCCACUUGUCGCAAAAGUUACACUGAUUGGUAGUCAGGCAGUACCACCAAGUUGAAAAGAACUGCUCUCAUCUGCACUUUUACCUGAGGCACAACACGAGGAAGAGCAGAGGAAGGCUCGCGCCAAAAGCACUGUAAACUGAAGGACUGGUGAUGAAGCUCCAUUUUGUUGUCAGGUGGUGUUUUUUGCCUUGUUUAAUGUGGCAAAUUUUUUAAGUUAGGUUGUUGAAUCGCAUUCACUAUAGCCUUUUGACAUUCAGUCAAAAGGCCAUAGUGACGUGAAUGUCACUGUGUGAAACUAAUGUAAUAAGCAGAUUUGGCACUUCUAUACUGGAUGAUGAUUAGCUCUGAUGAAGCAACACGAGGCAAAACAGAGAGAAAAGAUAAAGCACACUACCUAGCAACAAAAUGGCUUCAGGAGCAACAGUGCACACUCUCUGCCAGUCCAUGUUUUCCUUUGUCAGUGAUUAAGAACUGAUGCUACUGCGUUUCCUAUCAUUGAACACAUGCUGUGUGCACUCUCACGGCUGCCCACACAGAGCAGCUGUUGCUGUGUCAUGUUAUAUGUGCUGCCUUCUACAAGCUUCACUGUAUUUUUGGUUGGAUGUGUGUUCUGCCAGUGCAGGAAGAAAUGACACACACACAGACCAGAGUACACAAAAGACAUAAGGUAAGAGUCAUCAGGACAUCAUAGCAUCUGCAUUUGAGAUAUUAUUGAUUACAUUCAGGCCACGGUGCAACUUUGCUUCAGCGGGCCCCCUUUUGUGUACAUGAUGAUAUUAGUUUCAAAUUAUAAUUUUGCAUUUAGGACACAGCAUUCAAUGUUGUCACUGCUCCAUGCUUUUUUUUCACCCAAAGAAUGAAUUUUAUGUAACUUUAAAUGCAUAAUCAGGAUAAUUUCUUUACAGUUUAUUUGGAUUUUUAAGAAUAUACAAUCAGCAACCAUCGUUUAACAGAUGCUGAUCUCACUUGAAGGCAUUUAAGUGCACCCACUGGGUAUUUAUACCAGUGUUUAAAAUGACUGUUUGGCCGAUAGCUGACUUCUUCUUUUGAUAUGUAGUCUAAUCAAUUUAUUUUGUAUAUAACCAGUUAGCAACAAUACCUGCUUUAAGAAGCUUUAUGUUAUGAAGUAAAGGCCCAACUGUAUUAGAGGGAAAACCUCAGUGAUCUCAUAAUCCUCUGUGAGCAAGCACUUGGCAGUGGGUAGGAAGGAAAAGACAUCUGGCAGAAGCAAAUCACAGAGAGGCAGCUACCUACCGUGCCAGGUUAAGGGUGAGGGGAGGAAGAUAUUUAUUUCCACUUCUGUCUGGAAAACAAAGAAAUCUUAAUAAAAAAACAAACAAACACAACACAACCUCCUUGAUACACUAUUUUUGAACAGUUAGCCAACACAAAUAUGAAGUACACAAUGUGUAAGUAUUGGCCACUAACAUCAGCAAAUGCCCGUAUAUCAGUCAGAAGGGCUCAUACUGAUAUUAAGCCAAUAGUUCUACUUUGAAGUGAACGGUAUACAGUGAAAUACUGAUAUAUUCCAAUGUUAGUGCUUCAUCUGCCAUAAUAUAGUGUAUUCUACAUUAUAGUCCAUCCUGCACAGAUAUAAUUUCACCAAAGAUAGCUCAUGAUGCUGGUAGUAUUAUAGUAAUGUGGAAUAUAUAUACAGUUAUAUUGAUUUUAAUAUGCAGCAUUCAUCUUGUAUUAGAGGAGUGUAGAUGUGAGAUGUUUGGUGCUAUUGAUUUUUCCUAUAGCAAGCAACCUAGCAGAGUGCUGGAUUCCUGACAGUGUUACUGCUAUAUUUACAGCCACAAAAUGAAAUAUUCACAGUUAGUGGCUGUUUGGGAAUGAAUGUCUGUAGCGCCGGCUCAUCCACUGCUUAUAGAAGACUCAUCUCAAUGCGCUUUGAUCUUUUUUUUUACCCUAUCUAUAACAAAUAUGUAAACCCUUCUUUUCCCUUCCAACUAUAAGUUCAUUUUGUAAUACCACUGGUAUACUUGAAUAAGACACCCCCUCCUCUGCCCAUUUUAUUAUCACACUAGUGCUGAAUAAAUGUUAGUGUAGCAUGAACCACAGCCAUAGAAACCAGCACACACCAAGACACCAACAUCCAAGUCUGGCCUGGAAUAUCGAGCUCGACUGUGCUGAUCAGUGUGUGAUUGUUUGAAAGUGUGUCGUAUAUAAUUGUUGCAGGGUGGGUGACGUAAUGGUAAGCAUGUGAUUUAUGUAUUGAAUUUACGUGUUUUUGAAGAAAGUAUCACUUUGCUUGCUUAGAUUGAAGGAAUAAUGCACUUAUAGGAAUUUUGUAUUAUAUUAAAUGGGUUUUUUUUGUAUUAUAUGUUUUUUUUCUUCAUUGCUGUCACACACACACAUAGAUACAUAGAUACACUCAUAUAUGUGUGUGUGUGUGUGUGUGUGUGUGUGUAUGUGUACACACACACACACACACAGAGAGAGAGAGAGAAGCUGAAACAGUUUGUUGAACUUUGGUGCUGCACUGAAGAAUUGCAUAAGAUAGAUUAUGCAAAGCUGCCAAAGUCCAAGAAUAAAAAGUAUGUGUAUAAUGGGUCUGCUUUUAAGUGCUCAGAUUUUAAAUGUUGAUGUAAAUUUAUUGUUGAACAUUUUUUUCUUAAUGUCAUUUACUGGGAACCCAGCUUACUGAAAAUAGUGUCUAAGCCAGUUUAUAGCCCUUAAAGUCAGUGAAAAGUAAUCACUGAUUUUCAGUACCUCUCUGUAACAGGGAUUCACAACUAAUAAAGCACUGAUCAAAGAUGAGAUCAUAAAAAAAUAUUAAUUAUUAUUCAGAGGUGUAAUAGUCA